AGGUUUUACGCGACGUGUCAUCCGGGUUUGGAGGACGUCGUGGCGCGAGAGUUGGCGUCGCCGAUGAUAAAUGCGAGUGAUAUCGUGAUCGGGAAGUCUGGGGUGUCGUUUACGGGGACGCAAAGAGUUGGGUACGACGCGAACGUGUGGCUGCGGAGCGCGGUUCGCGUGCUCGUGGAGCUCAAGCGAGGAUAUUUGGAUCCAUACGUGAGCGGGACGCAGAGUGUGUACGAGUUCGUGAAGCACGCCGUGCCUUGGGAAGAGGUCAUACCGGGAGGCGAGCGCGGAGAUGGGCUGAAGUUCGGCGUGGAGACGCGCCUGUGGGACUGCUCGCAGAUUACUUCGUCGCACGCCGCGAAGAUUCGCGUCAAGGACGCCGUGUGCGACGCCCUCGUGGACGCCACGGGAACGAGGCCUUCGCCGCCGGAUAAUUACGCCGCCGCGGAUGUGCCUCUUUACGUCACCCUGUAUCGCGACGAGAUCAUCAUGUACCGCGAUAUGAGCGGAGAAUCGCUGCACAGACGGGGAUACCGCAACGCCAUGCAUCGCGCGUCGCUGAGCGAAAGCGCGGCGGCGGGGAUGUUAAGUUUGGCGGGAUGGCCCGAUAUGCUCGAAGAGUGGCAACGCGACCCCGCUGGAUCGCCGCCACCCGUACUCAUCGAUCCCAUGUGCGGAAGCGGGACGUUCCUCAUCGAGGGCGCGCUCAUGGCGGCCAACGUCGCCCCCGGUUUGAUUCGCAGCGAAACCAUCGGGUACGCGUUUGAGCGAUGGCCCGAUCACAAUCCGAGAACUUUUGAGGAGUGCUUAGAAAAUGCCAGAAGAAUAGGAGCAGAAACGCGCACGGCGGUACCGACGCCGCCCGUGAUCAUCGGGAACGAUAUACAUCCAGGGGCGGUGACGUUGGCGGGUCAAGGAUCAGAGACGGCGCGCGUGGCGGGCAUGAUCGACGUCUUCAGAAACGAUUGCGAGAUGUUCAACAUCACCGCAUCGAGCGCUGGGGCGAAAAUCGCCCCGAACGCACCCAAACUCGUCGUGACGAACCCACCGUGGGGUAAACGAAUCGGCGCGGGCGAACCCGCCGGUAGACGACGCGUGUGGAAUUCAUUAGGCGUAUUCUUAAAGCGCGAGUGUCCCGACUCUUCGGCUUUCGUGCUCAGUGGAAACCCAGAGGUAUCUCGCGCGAUUCGCAUGCGAGCGUCUCGUAAACACGUCGUCGGCAUCGGCGGCGUCGAUUGCCGGCUGCUCCGGUACGAUAUU